GCGCGCGCUGCGGACGACGCUGUGGUUGCCGGAAGUUGAUCGGCGUAGGCAGCAAAUAAUGGCAGCAGCUCCGGGGGAUCCUGGGCUGUCCAAAUUGCAGUUCGCUCCCUUUAGCAGUGCCUUGGACGUUGGAUUCUGGCAUGAGUUGACCCAGAGGAAACUGAAUGAGUACCGGCUGGAUGAAGCUCCCAAGGACAUUAAGGGCUAUUACUACAAUGGUGAUUCUGCUGGGCUGCCAGCUCGCUUAACAUUGGAGUUCAGUGCUUUUGACAUGAGUGCUCCCACUCCAGCCCACUGCUGCCCAGCUGUUGGAACGCUCUUUAACACCAACACACUCGAGGCUUUCAAGGCUGCAGAUAAGAAGCUACUUUUGGAGCAAGCAGCAGAUGAGAUAUGGGAAGCUGUAAAAUCAGGUGCCGCUCUCGAAAACCCUGUCCUCCUCAACAAGUUCCUCCUCUUGACCUUUGCAGAUCUAAAGAAGUACCACUUCUACUAUUGGUUUUGCUUCCCUGCUCUCUGCCUUCCAGAGAGUAUACCCCUCAUUCAAGGGCCGGUAGGCUUGGAUCAAAGGUUUUCACCAAAACAGAUUCAAGGCCUUGAGCGUGCAUAUGAUGAUCUUUGUCAAACAGAAGGAGUCCCAGCGCUACCUUACUUCUUAAUCAAGUAUGAUGAGAACAUGGUGCUGGUUUCCCUGCUUAAACACUACAGUGAUUUCUUCCAAGACCAAAGGACAAAGAUAACAAUUGGUGUAUAUGAUCCCUGUAACUUAGCCCAGCAUCCUGGAUGGCCUUUGAGGAAUCUUUUGGUCCUAGCAGCACACCGAUGGAGUAGCAGUUUCCAGUCUGUUGAAGUCCUUUGCUUCCGGGACCGUACCAUGCAGGGGGUGAGAGACAUUGCUCACAGCAUCGUCUUCGAAGUGAAGCUUCCAGAAAUGGCAUUUAGCCCAGGCAUCACUGUAAGCACCGCUGAUGUAGAGGUGCUGUUCAUGGAGCAUACCUUUUGA